CGAAACACCAAAACAACAAAAUCAGCUUGAGUGUGACUCUGACACGGAUAACAUGACGGGAAACUCAGAUCAGUCGAGCAGAGAUUGGGGACCUGAGGACGAGAGAGAGAAUGACAGAGCAGAGCUGAGACUCGUCCUGAUUGGUCGAACAGGCUCUGGCAAGAGUGCCACAGGAAACACUGUCCUAGGACGAUGCCACUUCCUGUCAGCCUUGAGAGCGAUUUCAGUGACCCGUGUGUGCGAGAUGAGCACUGUGGAGCUGCCUAAGGAGGAAGAGGAUUCUUGUGUGUGGAAGAAGCUGCUGGUCGUUGAUAUGCCGGGAUUCGGCGACACACGGCUUGACCCGAGUCACGUUCGCGCUGAGAUCGCCAAGUGUGUGGCACUAACGGCACCUGGGCCACAUGCGUUCCUGCUCGUGGUUCCUCUGGGCCGCUACACUGAGGAUGAAGACCGGACCGUCACAGAGAUGAUCCGUGUGUUUGGCGAAGAGGCGCUGCUCCACCACACGGUGGUGCUGUUCACCCGCGGAGAUGAGCUUGAGGAAGGAGGUUUGGAGAGUUUCCUGGAUGAGUCUGCUCCGGAAAGACUGAAGGCUCUACUAUGGAAAUGCGGCGGUCGAUACCACGUCAUCAACAACAGAGAAUCAGAAAACAGGACGCAGGUGCGAGCUCUACUGCAAACGGUGGAGAGGAUGGUGGAGAACGCAGGAGGAGCGUGCUUCACCAGUAAUAUGUUCCUGCUGGCCGAACAAGCCAUCCGAGAUGAACAGGAGCGACAGAUGUCGAGCUUGCUGCAGGAGCGAGUGCAGCGGUGGAGGGGUCGAAGGGCAAGUGGAAGGGCGGUUAACAGGCGUCAGGCCCUGCGGUCUGCUCUGAACCACUUCAGAAUCGAAGCUGCUCUCUCUGGGAAAGUUCUGGAGCGUGUGAAGGUCCUGGUUGCAGCCGGGGCCACUGGAAUGGCGGUUGGGGCAGUUUUUGGAGCCGCUGUACCUCUGGCUAUGGCUGUAGGAGCUUCGGUAAUGGGCGGAUCAGUAGGGAUAGCAGCAGGGCAACUGGCGGGAGUCUCAGCGGUGGGGAGCACAGUUGUAGGGAAAGCGUUUGGUGCAAUAGUUGCAGCCACCAUGGCGAAGACCACUGUAGCUCUGGGAGCAGCGACUGGAGGGGUGUUGGGAGGGUCGGUGGGUGCGUUGGCCGGGGCGGAGGCGGCAGGACCACGGGAGGCAGCUCUAGAAGCGCUGGAGCAGGUUGGAACAAUGGGUGCAGCAGUGGUGGGCAUGGCUGCAGGAGUGGGUGGGGCUUUAGGGGCGGGAGCAGUGGUGGGGGUGGUGCUAGAGGGUGGAGCAAUAAGUUGUGCGGCGUUAACAGGAGCCGUGAGUGUUGCUAAUGGAACAGCAGUAGCUGCACCACAGGCAGUGGCCACUGGGGGCAGCAUUGCAGGUGCUGUACAGUCUGUAGGGGCGCUGUGACCUCCUGUGCCAGUUCAGUUGGAGGUUUAUCAGGAACGCUGGAUGGCGUCGGAAAACAACCGCACAAAAUCUCAUGGCUGUAGCUGAGAUCGGAAGAGCAGUGGGAAUUGCGCUAGCUGGCUGGCUGGCCGUGAAGGUGAUGAAGGAAAAAGUCAGGUCAGGAAGCGGAGCUGACGAAAAUAACUACACGGAUCGAAACUCCUACGAGGUCCACUGGAACAAAUAAACAGUGUGCUAACAGUGUGUUUGACAUUCUGCUAGUGUUUAUGAUUUACUUUAGAUCAUAUUACUUGCAUUUAUCAAGUGCCGUGAGAACUUUUUACAUUUAUCUUAGACAGCAGAGAUGCUAAUAUUUGUUAGUGCCUAAGAAAUUAGCAGAAACCCCUCAGAUCAACAUCAGCACUUUUUCUUGUUAAAGUUGAUGACAAAUGCCAUGCUAUUUAUUUCAGAUUUGUUGAUGUAUUUUAUAGAAAAGUAAAUGAUUUCUGGAAUUUUUGACUAGUUUUUAUCUAGUAAUGUACACUUGCACAAUCCAAUUCAAACUGAUGCUUAUAUCUUCAGUUAUAAAAGUAUGUUAGACACCAGUUUUGAUAAACAAACUUGUCUUAAUGAAUUUAAGGUGCUGUAAGCGAUUUUAGCUGUUCUGCUUCCACGAGACUGAGCCGUUGAAUUAGCCACGCCCCUCUUUCCUAAACCCCGCCCUACAAAGAUACCAAAUGAGCUUCAUUGAGACUGACAUCACACAGAAACGGUUGUUAUAAACAACAGCAGCAAAACAGCGCCCUCAACUGGCAACUGUUAUGAACAACAUGGCAUAAAAAUGGCAUUAAGCCUCAAUAAUUCACUGCAUAUAUAAUACAAUGAGAACGUGUCAAAUCAGUGACAGGCAGAAAGCGUGAGAGACCGCAGACACAUAUCUGUUUGUUGUUUACAGAGACCGGUGAGAUAUCUCACGACACUUAUUUCAGUAAUAUCUCUCAGCGAGUAGUUCAAAUAUUUGCAAACAUUACCAUGAAUAAAUCACUUACAGCACCUUUAAAGGUUGAACUGCAAAACAAAGCUGUGUGUUUAAUAUAUCAUGAUGGUUUUGAGAACUGAGAUCUGACUGUUUUUGGCUGGUUUAAUGAGCAUGUGAUCCGUUCACACAAACGUUCUGCACGUGUGAUGAGACUGAAUAUGUGUAUGUUUAUGUUCUGACGCAGUUGCACUAAAUAAACACAAGAA